ACUCCCGCACAACAGUCCAGCGCUCUAUCCAUUGAGCUAACCGGGAGGCGGAAUUCGAACUUCCGCCUGCUCUUGAAGGAUCACUGGAGAGUCUCGAGAGGGAGCAGCGGAGUAAAGGGCCUGAUGGCACGGACACCGACACGCGGGUAUAGAGCAAGUAUCAUAGCAUGCUUUACACCCUGGCAGCAGCGGUUUCAUUUUUCCAAAAACCGCUAACCGCCUCUUGUGAAGUAUCAGAAGCUGCUUGUGUGCUGAACUCGCUGACACCUUUUCUUUUCAUCGCAGACACUUUAUUCAUACAUUCGCCUAUUGACGACAAGUUUGCUAAAAUAGCCUUGUAACAGAAGCUCCUUAUCGAUGGGUCGUAAUACUUUGGUCAAGAUAGUUAUAUCUCUCUGUAAAAUGAAGGAUAGAAAUGUGUUUAAAUAAAGUAGGGAGGGUAGUCACAUAUGACCCAGACCCCAAGUGUCGCGUGAAGAUCGCGUGACGAAAAUGAGUGACGCUGUCAUGCAUGUUUCUCUAUCAUGUGACUCUCUCCCCAUUGCAAACGGCCGAUUCGAAGGAACAUUUAAAAUUAGAAUUGAGCGAUAUGCUUGUCCCACCUGUAGCAAAUGAUAUCCAAAACGGUGACCACCAUCCAGAUGGUGCAUCGAAAGAGGAUCUCUUUGAAAGUAAUGACGAAAUUAUACAAAGAGGUGAGCACUAUUCUCCUGAGGAGUUGCAAAAGGGUUUAACCGUAUUCACGGCCGCAGUUUUCAUCAUCGGAGAGAUGGCUGGGAGUGGAGUCUUGGCUCUUCCUGCUGCCAUUGUUGGAGCCGGUUGGACAGGAUUCGGUUUGCUCGUUUUGUGUUGUUUUGCCUCAGGUUACUGUGGAACGGUUCUUGGGAGAUCGUGGGCGACUCUGCGUGAAAGGUAUAGCGAGUACAAGGGACACGUACGAUACCCGUACUCAGCCAUCGGAGAGAAGGCUUAUGGAAGAUGGGCAUCAGUGGCUGUGACUGUCUGCAUCAACAUCACACUAAUCGG